AUGGCUACACUUAUCAAUCCGCCUACUACUGCAACAGCUUCACCGGCGGCCGGUUCUAGUCCGGCGGCGGCUGAACCGCAGAAAGUCGAUUACAUGAACCUCCCUUGUCCUAUUCCCUAUGAGGAGAUUCACCGCGAAGCUCUUAUGUCUCUCAAGCCAGAACUCUUUGAAGGGAUGCGCUUUGAUUUUACUAAAGGGCUCAAUCAGAAAUUUUCAUUGAGUCACAGUGUGAUGAUGGGCCCUACAGAAAUUCCUUCUCAGUCAUCUGAAACAAUUAAAAUUCCCACUGCUCACUAUGAGUUUGGCGCUAACUUCAUAGACCCAAAGUUGAUGCUUUUUGGGAGGGUAUUGACAGAUGGAAGAGUGAAUGCAAGAUUGAAGUGUGAUUUGUCCGAGAAUCUUACCAUGAAGGGCAAUGCUCAACUUACGCACGAGCCACAUAUGUCGCAUGGCAUGGUCAAUUUUGAUUAUAAGGGAUCAGAUUAUAGGACUCAACUUCAAUUAGGAAAUGGAGCCUUAUUUGGUGCAAGUUACAUCCAGAGUGUGAGCCCUCACUUGUCAUUGGGUGGUGAGGUCUUCUGGGCUGGUCAACAUCGAAAGUCUGGCAUUGGAUAUGCUGCCCGCUAUAACACAGACAAGAUGGUGGCAACUGGACAAGUUGCUAGCACUGGGAUGGUUGCUCUAAGCUAUGUUCAGAAAGUAUCUGAAAAGGUUUCUCUAGCUUCAGACUUCAUGUACAACUACAUGUCUAGAGAUGUUACAGCUAGCUUUGGUUAUGAUUACAUCCUUCGGCAGUGUCGUCUAAGAGGAAAGAUUGAUUCUAAUGGCUGUGUGGCUGCUCUUCUGGAAGAGAGAUUAAACAUGGGUCUUAAUUUUAUUCUUUCUGCUGAGAUAGAUCAUCGGAAGAAUGAUUACAAGUUUGGGUUUGGGCUGACAGUGGGAGAAUAA